AUGGGCGAAAGUGCUUUAGCGACCGACUCAUCCUUCAACAAAGAGCUAGAACCUGGUGUAAUCAGCAAUGAAAUGUUGACCAAAGCAAUUUUGGAGCAGGGCCACAAAGGGGAAGCUGGACGUUUAGCCCAGCUGAGUCAGCUGCAUUUGGAAACAGUUACCGUGAUCAGGUUGGAGUUUCAGAAUAUCUUAAAAAUCGAUCACCUGUGGGUAAUGAAAAAUUUGGAAGUUCUUUCGUUAUCUUUUAACAAAAUUGAUAAAAUUGAAAACCUGUCGCGGCUUCCUAAAUUGAAAGAAUUGAAUCUCUCGUUUAACUAUAUUGAAAACAUUGAAAACCUGAACAAUCUGGAAAAUUUACGAAUUUUGUCCUUGUACGGUAAUCGUAUCAAGCGCAUCGAAAACAUCGACAAACUAGAGCGUUUAGUUAUAUUGAGUGUUGGGCGUAAUAAUAUCACCACGCUAGACGGUUUGGAACGAUUACGAUUUCUAAAGGAUUUACGAUCGCUCAAUCUGGCUGAAAAUCCUAUUGCUCAGGAUACGGCCAAACCGUUACGAUUGUAUUUAGCAACCCUGCUGCCUCAGCUGAAGUACUACGAAUACAUUUUGAUCAGACCUACCGAACGCGAUGCUGGAAAGGAAAAAUUUCAGCGAGAACUGAUCGACAUCUUAGAACAUGAAAGAGUCGAAAUAAUAGAGCGCACGAAUGCAGCCAAGGAGCGAGAUGACGAAAUACGACUGUCGAAAAGUUUUGUAGAGCAUCUAAAUAGCCAUCAGUUGUUUGAAUCACUGUUCCAAGGUGAUCCGGAAGGGGCUGCUUUACUGAGCAUAGGAGCAGAAGCGGUCGAUCUUAAGAAUGACUACCGAAACGAAGCCUAUUCGUUUACGCAAAACAUAUACAAGAUGGGCUUGGAACAGCAGGACAAACGUCAAGCAGAAAUCGAACUGUACAACAGGUGCAUCCGGGAUGAACGAAAAAAGGCGCAGUUAAUUGGGCAAACCAUCAUCAACAAUUUCCUGGAAUCGUACAAGAAUUUGUACAAAUUGGCGAAAGAAAUUGUCGCUGGUUUGAAGGGACGUGAUUUAAACAGCAAAUCAUACAAUGCCGAAACGGAGAAGCUGCUGGAUGAGCUAAACUUGUGCAAAAGUGGCUUUAACUCCCUGUUUGAAGAUAGCUGGCACACGCUGAUGGGUAUUGAAAUGCAGCUUUUCGAAAGAACCGAGGAAGGAAAUUCGACGUUUGAAAAUACUAUUAAGGAAAUGACCAACGAAUUUAUCGAGAUGGCGCAGGGCCAAUUUGUGUUGCUGCGUGAAGCAGAGAUGAACUUCAGUGAUGCUCUCGUGGAUACUGUACAGCAGUUUGUUACGUUUAAGGCGGCUUCAGGUCUGGCAGAACAAUUGCCAGAUGCUUUGAAGGAGUCUCUAGAUGACAAGGAUGUUAUCAGCAAUAUGGCAGCAGGUAUGCGGGACCAACACAUGCAUCAAAUCGAUGCACGAGAAGACCGACUUAUCACACGAAGCCGAAACUGGGUCAAAGAACUGUGCGAUGAUCUGCAAAAUUCUGAAAUUAAACGAAACAGAGCAAAGGUGCUGGAGAUCACAUAUUUCUUGGAUCAACACCGUCAGUCCUUUAUGAGUGCGUUAGAUGAAGUUGCUAGUAAGCUAGAAGUGUAG